AAAGAAACUAACUUCGCAAAAAAAACAUAAUUAAUUCCAUUGAGUUAUACUAACUCAAUGCUAAAUUCACUAGACAGUUCGGACUGGGAAUAGCGAACCGAGUAUAUCAUCAUGUCAUUUAUUGACAUAUAACCCUCUUAUCUUGAUUGACAUCGCUUUUCUACCAUUAAAUUAAGCGUCUAUAUUCUUUGAAUUCUUUGAUUAAAUGUCACCACACACCCUUUAGUGAACAAUACUUUUAAUAAUUAUAAAUAAACAUAUUUAAUUAAAAUGAGUGACGAAGUCCAAGAGGUGGGCGACUCUUUACAAUCAAUGAACAUUACACAUGAUUUAUCUCCAGAAAAGCACAAAGUGGAUAUUUUGUUGAAACCGACAGGAAACGCACCUAUUAUGAAAAAGAAAAAGUGGACUGUUGAUAGUGAUAAGAAAAUCGGAUGGAUAAUAGAAUUUAUCAAAAAAUAUUUAAAACUAGAACCUAAUGAAAAAUUAUUUCUGUAUGUAAACCAAACAUUUGCGCCAUCGCCAGAUCAGAUAGUUAAGAAUUUAUAUGACUGUUAUAACACAGAGGGUAAAUUAGUGCUUCACUACUGCAAGACACAAGCGUGGGGCUGAUUUUUGUGCCAGAGGUGUCUAUGUGUGCAUUUACAUUUAACAAUUUUUUAUGUUUAUAAACUAUUAUCGUUUCAGGUAAAACAUUUUAUGUUAAACCAGCAACAUGAUGAUUUUACACUGCUUUAAAGUGUUUUGUGAUAUUUGUUUAUAAAAAUAUACAUAUAUGUAGCAAAGUAUAAGUAUCAAAAUAAAUCUGUAAUUUC